AGUCUCUCUCUCUCUCUGUCGCUACGUGGGUUAGCUUGCUCGCAGCGGUUUCUGAUUUCUCUGUCAUCGUCUUGGCUUGCGUUCAGCUCGGGUUUCCGAUCUCUCUGUCAUCGUCUUGGCACUAGAGAUGGGUAUUUGGGACUCGUUCCUAAAUUGGCUUCGAAGCUUGUUCUUCAAGCAGGAAAUGGAACUCUCACUUAUUGGACUUCAGAAUGCAGGAAAAACUUCGCUUGUUAAUGCUAUUUCAACAGGUGGCUACAGUGAAGACAUGAUUCCAACUGUGGGUUUUAACAUGCGCAAAGUGACGAAGGGCAAUGUGACCAUAAAGCUCUGGGACCUUGGAGGUCAACAGAGGUUUCGCACCAUGUGGGAACGGUAUUGUCGUGGAGUAUCUGCAAUCAUAUAUGUCGUCGAUGCCGCUGAUCGUGAUAGCAUUCCUAUAGCCAGAAGCGAGCUGCAUGACCUGCUGAUUAAGCCUUCACUGAGUGGAAUUCCUCUCCUUGUUCUUGGAAAUAAGAUUGACAAAUCAGAAGCUAUUUUCAAGCAGGCAUUAGUUGAGCAGAUGGGGCUUGAGCUUAUAAAAGACAGGGAGGUUUGCUGCUACAUGAUCUCAUGCAAGGAGUCAACCAACAUAGAUGUUGUCAUGGACUGGCUUAUAAAACAUUCAAGGUCUGCAAGAUGAUAUAAUAAUUUACAUAUGUGCCACUUUUCCCCUUCGGUAAAUCAUAAAAGGGGCAGCAAAUUGUGAGGUAAACUAUCCAUUUUUAGUAAUUCUGUCAUGCUUUUCUGUUCAUGUAAAUAAUCAUGAUCUUCUAUAAAAUCCUUCCCCAUUACCUCUUUAUUUAUAUAUUUUUUGACUGUAAACAGUAAACAUAUUGAUAGGAUGUUUUGUUUUUUGUGAAAUUUGCAUUCAUACCAAACAUUUCUCAUGUAUUUA